AUGGAAGAACAAUUUGAAAGAAUUCGAAAUCAAGUAGACUCUAAGCUUGAUAAUCAAAAACAAAUAGCUGCUACAUUGAUAGCGGUUGAAGAGACGAUCAGGGAUCAAAAUUCUCCUCUAAUACCUACAGCUUAUUUCGCUGUUUUAUUAACAACACUUGAAGAGCAUUGUAAUAAUCCCACAAAUUCUGGAAAUGAAAUACAUGGAGCAAUUCUUUACCUUUUGAAUAUCACAUUACCUAGUAUAUCUCCUACAAUAUUACUUGGCAAGUUUUCUCAGAUUAUGCCAAUAUUAUUACAAGAAUUAGAUUCCAGCAAAGAUGAUUCGGCAAUUGUUCGUUCUAUUACGGGGUGUACGGAAAGUUUUCUAGUUGCUCAAGAUCGCAAUACAUGGAAUCAAUUAUUAGCAAAAAGAUCCUUCCAAGCAUUAUUAUUCCUUUCUAUAGAUCAAAGACCUAAACCAAGAAAAAGAGCUCAAGAUGCUGUGCGGAAAAUUCUGAAUUGCCCACCCCCUCCAAUGGUUAAACAUCCUAUGAUUGGUAUAACCACUGAAUACUGUCAAAGAAUUCUUAAUGAAUAUUCAAAAACUGAUCGUCAAUCGAUACAUCAUAUUUUAGCUCUUUUAAAAUCAAUUGCUGGGAAAUGGCCUGUUCAAAAUCUUAGUCAAUUAUGUGAAUUAUUACUAAAUUUACAAAAACUUAAUGAUACACUUAUUACUAUCGCUACAUAUCAAGUAUUUGAUGAAUUAUUUCAAUAUCACAGAAAUGGAUUUGAGAAGUUUGGACUUGAAGAAUUAUUAAAAUCUCAUGCCGAACUUAUGCCAAAUAUACAAGAUGCACAACUAUUACCGCAUUGGCUCACUAUAGUUGGCAAAGGUUUUACGACAUAUUCUGAGAUCGAUUCGGACAGGUGUGCUGGAAUUUUACAUAAUUUUUUUAAAGCCAUAUUUCCUGUCCUGGAAGUUAACAAUUCUGAUAUUCGAGUUGCUGCCACAAAUUGUCUUGUCGAACUUAUCACACAUGGUAUUACUGAUGAUAUUGUUCAGGCAACGUUUCGUGAAGGACAAUUAGAUUCCGAGAAAAAACAAUUCUUGGAUGAAAUAAUUUUAAUAGUUAAAAAUGGUUUCAACUUUCGUUAUCAGACUGCGUGGCCUUGUAUAUUAAAAAUUUUGGAAUCAUUAUUUCAACGAUUACAAAGAUCUUCACAAAAACUCUUGGGUAAUUUUCUUAAUAUUGUAGAAGAAUUAAGAAUGAAUUCAGAUCCUGAAUUAAAGGAUGCGGCUGAUAAAACCUUAGGUGCCGCAAUCGCGAAUAUGGGACCUCAGGCGUUCUUGAACAUUCUACCAUUGAAUUUAGAAAACCCUGAUAAUAAUAAAAAUAAUGGUCGUGCAUGGCUUUUACCGUUACUUAAAGAUCAUAUUAUAAAUACUGAACUUGGUUAUUUUAUUCAAGAACUUGUUCCUUUGAGUGAGAGACUUGCUCAAAAAUCCUUACAAUUUCAGAACCAAGGUCGGAUGAUAGAAGCAAAAGUUUACGAGACAUUAGUUCAACAAUUAUGGGCACUUUUACCCGGAUUUUGUGAUCUUCCUUUGGAUUUACCUCAAGCUUUCACAAGUGCCACAGCUGAAUUGUUUAGUAAUAUGAUUUAUCAAAAACCUGAACUUCGACCGACUAUUGCUCUUGCAAUUGAAAACUUGAUCAAGAAAAAUCGUGCUAUUAUGGAAUCAGAUGAAGAUAAUAGUAUAUUAAUGAAAAAAUAUGAUUUAGAUAAAACAUUAGCUGAAAAAAACCUUCAACUCUUGACGAAAUAUGCCAAAAAUUAUUUGGCAGUGUUCUUCAAUGUGUUUAGUCAGACACCUACAGCAUAUCGAGCAUAUAUAUUGAAUGUUAUUAAAGUUUACCUGACUAUUACUCCACCUAAAGAUAUUUCUAUAACAUUUAGUAAAGUUUUGAAUUUAUUAAAGCAAUCUCUUUCAAAUAAUACUCCACAACAAAGCAAUGAACAAUCCAUUCCUCCAAUGUCUUAUACCAUGUUGGAUUUAUCAAUUAUAAUGAUACCAUAUUUGGAAAUUGAUUCUGUUAAGCAAUUAUACGAAGUUAUCACUGCAUUAUUUUGCAAUGAAGACUCAACAUUACAAAAAAAAGCAUACAAAGCAUUAAAUACAAUUGUAGAGAAUGAUAAUAGCAAAUUAGUGAUAUUACAGAAUAUUGAUGAUUUACAAAAUAAAUUGGUAGAAUCAGUCAUGGUUUCUACUCUUGCCGCGAAAAAGAAUCGGUUGUUAGUAUUGAUGAAUAUUAUUAAAUUAUUACCGAAAACAGAUCUUCACAUGAUUCCUGAUGUGCUUUCUGAAGCCAUAUUGAGUACAAAAGAAACCAAUGAAAAAGCUAGGAAUGCAGCAUACGAACUACUUAUUGCUAUGGGAAAUAAGAUGAAAGAAGGCGGUAUAAUAAUCAUGAGCAAAGUUGCAGAAACAGAUCCAACAGAACAAGAUGUAGAUGCUAAUAUUAAUGAAUUCGUAUUCAAAAUGGUUGUCGCUGGACUAGCUGCAACUACCCCUCAUAUGAUUAGUGCUACGAUUGCCUCGUUAACGAGAUUAAUUUUUGAAUUUAAAUUUGAUCUUGAUCAAUCAAAUCUCCAUCAAUUACUCGAUACUAUGGAUAACUUUGUAAAAUGUACAAAUCGCGAAAUU